GGAUAACUGCGAGAGCAAUGUCAGCCUCCAAGAUCAGCCAACUCCCCAUCAUCAAUAUUGCACCAUUCCUCAACGACAAUCCGAAUGACGAACCUCAACGACUGGCAGCUUCCCAAGCACUCCACCGCGCCUGCGUAGAAUUUGGGUUCUUCUAUCUCAACCUUGAAGCGUUCAUCGAUCCCAAAGAACCGGAAGAACUCACGCGAUUGGGGAGAGAGUUCUUUGGGCUGCCGCAAGAGGAGAAGGACAAACUCGCUUUGAGGAACCAGGAUUAUGCAAGAGGUUACCAGCGCCUAAAGGAGAACGUUACGAACGGCAAAGCCGAUAACCACGAAGGGCUCGAUUUCUAUAAACCUGUCGCGAACCCCGACAAGGCGAAACCGCUUUGGGGAGAGAACCAAUGGCCAACAAACGAGAUGGUCGUGGGGUUUAGAGAGAAAUACGAAAUAUGGGUGAACAAGAUGAAGAAGCUGGGAACGAUCGUUAUGAGAGCUAUGGCCGUCGGCCUGGGAAUGGACGAAGACGAACAAGAAGAUUUGCUAAAGAAGGUUGAUGAUAGCUUCUGGGUGAUGAGAGUUAUAGGGUAUCCCCCAUUGCCCAAUGACCACGAUGGAUUCUCCUGUGGGGCACACAAGAUAUCAGCGCUAACGACAACCACCAGAGACUACGGCUGCCUAACAUUCCUACACGCCGACCCAACACCCUCUGCUCUUCAAGUCUUCCUGCGUAGACCGGGAGCAAAGGAAACAGACGAACAAGGACUUCCCCGCGAGCAGGGCGAAGAAGAAGGCGUGUGGAUCAAUGCGGACCCGAUUCCAGGUUGCGUUGUGUGCAACAUCGGUGAAAGACAUGGGUUGACCGGGUCGAACUGCAUAGUGUGGGAGACGUGGACGGAUGGGUUAUACAAGUCGACUUUACACAGGGUUGUGCACCGAGGCUCAAACUAUCGGAUCCCGUUUUUCUUUGAGCCAAACUUUGACGCGCUGGUCGAGCCUCUGCCAGCAGCUCUCCGCGCGAAAGCAAAAGAGACGGGCGUCAAGUUGGAGGAUAUCCGGCCAGAGAAAGAACCGAUUGUAUACGGGGAGUUUUUGAUGAAGAAAGUGGGCAAUAACUUUGCUGUCGAGGGUAGAGAUCGAUACUAG